GCGUUUGUCACAACUUAUAACUCAAACUGUAUUCUGUGAGAGAGUUCACAUUUAAAGUUUCAAAAAAACUUCAAUAUGGGAAGAGUUGAUUAUUUGGCCAUGAAAACUGAGGAGGCAACCGCGGCAAACCUGAUCAAUUCCGAUUUGAAUGAGUUUGUUGACGCUGCGAAGAAACUCGUGAAAGAUGCAACGAUGCUAGGUGGUUUAAGCUUUGGCACGUCUUUCCUUCAAUAUGCAGCUUCAAUCUCAGCCAUCUAUCUGUUGAUAUUGGAUCGGACCAACUGGAGAACCAAGAUGUUGACUACCCUUUUGGUGCCAUACAUCUUUCUCACGCUUCCUUACGUUAUCUUUAACUUCUUCAGGGGAGAUUUUGGGAAAUGGAUUGCUAUCAUUUCUAUCACAAUAAGGCUGUUCUGCCCUAAAAACUUUCCAGAUUGGUUGGAGAUUCCAGCAGCAUUGAUCCUUCUUCUGGUGGUUGCACCUAGCCUCAUAGCUGGGACAGUAAGAGAAACUUGGAUUGGGGCAGUGAUAUGUCUUAUCAUAGCAUGUUACCUUUUCCAUGAACAUAUCAAAGCUUCUAAUGGAUUCAGAAACGCUUUAACUCAGAAGCAUGGACUCUCCAAUACGAUUGGUAUCGUUGCUCUCCUCGUUUACCCGGUUUGGACCAUCUUUUUCAACAUCUUCUGAGUCGUUCCUACCCAUUGGCCCAGAAACACCUUCAACAUUAUGUGUGUUGGUUUCAUUUGUUAAUGUGCGAAUUGGUUGUGUUUUAGCAGCAUCUUUAUUUGGGCAAAUCUUCAAUAAACAAAAGAAGAUUCAGUGUGGUGUGUAAGAUAUAUGGAAUUGUAUUGUAUAUUGCUUGAUUUGUUGA